AUGGGUAAUGAUGUUUGGGUUCCUGUGGUACAAUCUUGGGGGGUAGACCAGCCGUACGGGGACGAGGACGACGAGGGGGUCGAGGAUAAGGACGAGGACGAGGACGAGGACGGGGUAAAGGUUGAGGACGAGGACGAGAUUGAGGACAAGGACGAGGACGAGGACGAGGACGAGGUCGAGGUCGAGGUCGAGGUCGAGGUCGAGGUCGAGGUCGAGGUCGAGGUCGAGGUCGAGGUCGAGGUCGAAGUCGAUUACCAUCAAGACUGCCAGGAAGAUCAAGACUGA